CGCCGCUGCGCCAUGUUAUCGGGGGAAACGCUUUAAAUCACCGUCGCUUGUCGACCGGGAGAAGAUCAACCACAAGGCGUUUGAAACGUCGUCAGCUGUAAAGUAUACCUCGAUCUUUUCAUUCGUGAACUUCAAGUUCGUAAUGUCACAGGCCGGCAAAGCAGCUGGCCUAAACGGGUUUUGAUUAUUAUUAUUUUUUUCAUUGGUUUGAAGGCCAAAGCGGCUGCCAUGGAUUUUUAAGGCAUAAUGCGGCACCUCUAAUGCAACGGCAAUGCAUAGUGCAAGGCAAAAUCAACCGCGAAAUUCCAUCUUCGCAACUGCUAAGCAGUUGGGCUCAAAUACCGUCCGCGGUAUACCUGCGAGCCAACCGGUACCACUGCUCCUGGACCGGAGGAAGCUAACGCUAGCUAGCUAGCUAGUCCUCUUAGCUAAUAACAUCAAUUGAAAGAGUGACCCCAUCAAUUCAUCUCAACGUCGUCAACACACUUGAUCAAAAUGAAGCCUCAACACAUAACCACCGGGAAGACCAGCCUGUGGAUCUUCGGGUACGGGUCACUGGUGUGGAAGCCUGACUUCAAGUACAGGAGGAGCCAGGUCGGUUACAUUCAAGGCUACAAGAGACGGUUCUGGCACGGAGACAACUUCCAUCGCGGGAACGACGUGUUGCCCGGAAGAGUGGUGACGCUGAUUGAGGCUGAUGACGCGAGCACUUGGGGUGUGGCAUUCGAGGUGACAGGCUCUCAAGUCGAGGAGUCCCUGAAGUACCUCAAUGUGCGCGAGACGGUCUGUGGCGGCUACAUCACCAAAAUGGUGGAUUUCUUCCCCGAGGGGGAGAACCAGCCUCCGGUUCAGGCGCUGGUGUACAUCGCCACCUCCGACAACGCCCUCUACCUGGGGCCGGCCAGCCCGGAGAUGAUUGGCAUCCAGAUCGCGGUGUGCAGAGGGAAGACGGGCCACAACCUGGAGUAUCUGCUCCGGCUGGCUGAGUUCAUGAGGAACAGCUGCCCGCACGUGGAAGACCAUCACCUGUUCUCCAUCGAGAAAGCAGCAUUGACCAUGGCGUCAUCACUGACCGUGGCGUCCUUUCUGUUGGCAGCCCAGUAGCUCGUACCCUUUUUGUCUCACUAUCUUAUACUGUAUGGUGGAUGAAUACAUCACACACACAAACUCACACACACACGCGGCUUUUCACAUGCCAUGCCAUCUGUUUUUAUGUUGUAUAAUAUAGCUUCACACUACCAUCCAUUGUACUUGAAUCUAAUACUCCAGAAGUGAUAACAAAAGGGAAGCACGCUAUUACGUUUUGUUUUUCAGAAGCAUGACCUCAUGUUAACAUUGUAAAGUUACUUCUAGUACAUGUUUGUACAUCAGUUACAAAAUGUAUGAUUACUUAAUUGACUGUAAACAUCUGUGUGGUUUUUAUUUUAUUUUUUUAUGCACAUUAACAUUUGUUUUACUUGCACAGUUCAGAUUCCAUCCAGUCCAUACAGAUGGGACAGCAAUUAAUUGUGGUAGUUGAACCUGUUUGCAAUAAAUGGCUGCUGUGAUAA